UUCCUCCUUUUAUAAAAUCCAGCUAUCCCCUUAUCGCCUUAUAGAAUCCAGCAAUGGAACAAGCCCAUCAACAGGAACCGCGGCGGUCGGCUCUCGGCUCAUCCCCGCCAACCACAGCUUGAUUAAUCAUUCGCCCUCCUCAACUCCCACCAACAUGACAGUCUUCACAUGCAGAACCAACCAGAACCCAAUCUUCCAAUCAAUCAACCAAUUAAUCCCUUUCUCAGAUCUCCUCCUCUCGACUCCAUCUACUUCCUCAACUUUGAACCCCCCACCAGCCCUGUCUUCGUGACUAACCAACCCUCUUGAUCCAUUCCUACUCGGCAAUAAACAUGGCGUCCACUUCGGCCACGGCCACGCCCGCCCCCGCGGAUCCCCGCACCACCACCACGGGGGAUGACACCGCGAAGGGGUCGGAGUCGACAGUAGCAGUAGCAGAGCAAGUGACGACGGCGGAGUCGGAGUCGACUCCUGUACAGCCCGCGGAGCAGACACGGACAGAGACACAGCCCUCCGGACAGGAAACCAAAGCGGGGAAAGCAAAACACCACGAUGACGAUGACGAUGACGAUGAAUCGGACUUUGAUGAAUUGGACGAGGUCCUCGACGACUUCAAACCCCAACCCGCUGCGCCAGCCGCCCCCGCCACUCCCAAACCCGAGACCCCAGCUCCCCAGCUAGGCGGUGGCCUCCCCGGAGGCGACGACUUCGACGAAGCGGCCUUCAUGAAGCAGCUGGAGCAGGACAUGGCGAGCAUGAUGGGCCCCGGCGCCAAUGAAUCAUCCGGCGGCCGAGCCAACGACAACGAGUUCGCCAGCACUAUCGAUCAGGGCGCCGACGCGUUCACCAAGCAGUUAGAGGAUAGCGGGAUCCCGCCGGGAGACUUCAUCAAGCAGCUUCUGGCAGACGUGAUGGCUGAGAAUGGCAGCGAUGCGCCAGCUGCCCCUGCCCACGCCAACACCAGCAGCGGUGCGCCGGCAUCCGCAUCCCCCGCCGCCAACGGUAGCGACGGUGGAAACGCACCCGAGAACUUCAACGACGCCAUUUCGCGCACCAUCAACCGCAUGAAAGAAUCCGGCGACAAAGCGACAGCAGCCGCAUCCGAAGACGACAUCUCCGACGACCUCGUCGCGCAGCUCCUCAAAGCCGUCGAAGCGGGCGCCGCGGGGGCCGGCGACGACGGCGACCUCACCAAGAUGUUCAUGGGGAUGAUGGAGCAGCUGUCCAACAAGGAGAUGCUGUACGAGCCGAUGAAGGAACUCCACGGGAAAUUCGGACCCUGGAUCACGGCCAACAAGGGCAAGGGCAAGAUCUCGGAUGAGGAUAUGGCGCGGUAUGAGGACCAGGCGCGCAUCGUUGCGCAGAUUGUGGGCAAGUUUGAGGAAGAGGGUUUCACGGAUGAGGAUCCGAAGUGUAGGGAGUUUGUGUGGGAGAAGAUGCAGGAGAUGCAAGCCGCAGGCAACCCCCCCGAAGAACUCGUCACCAAUCCCUGGAUGGACGACAUGAAGGGCGGUGGUGCGCCCGGCGCAGCGGGGAUGCCCGACUGCCCGCAGCAAUAAUUAUUAUAGCAGAUGCUAUUGACAGGCUUCUGGAAGCCUCGGGUUGUAGCAAGAUUAUUCAGUUGCUUGUUUUAUAUUUCUUUUGGUUGACAUUUGACAUCUCUGUACAUAUACAUACAUAUACCAUGUCGAUACCCUUUUACUAUCUAUCUACCUAUCUAUCUCUAUCAA